AUGCCACACCACCCAUCCCACCCAUACAAUGUGUCUCCCCUCCAUGCACCCUGCACGCGCCCCUCCAUGCACCCUGCACGCGCCCCUCCAUGCACCCUGCAAACCCUGCUCCAAAUAGGGCAAGAGCAUUCCCUUGCCCCCAUCUCACCACUUCCACUCCCCCCCCCCCCCCCCCUCCGCACAUGGCAGGCCAUGGGGCGGGUGGGUGAGGGCGGGGUGGUGCUGCUGCCGCACACGCUGGUCGACACCCACGUGCGCUCCGACGCUGCCACGCUCACACCCCCCGCUGCUGCUGGCGGGGAGGGCAGCGGGGCGGGGGGGGGCUACGCGGUGUACGUGCUGAACCCGCGGGUGAUGCCGCGGCGCUACGCGUACUCGUAUGGCAGCCGGGGGGACACCGUGUGCCCGGGCACCUCCUUCCACGAUGAGGUCACCUCCUGCGCUCAUGCUUUGUGGCGCUGUGUGCCACCAUCCAUCGCUCGCUGCCCCCCGCUCGCUGCCCCUCGCUUGCUGCCCCUCGCUUGCUGCCCAUCGCUCGCUGCCCCUCGCUCGCUGCCCCCCGCUCGCUUCCCCUCGCUUGCUGCCCCUCGCUUGCUGCCCAUCGCUCGCUGCCCCUCGCUCGCUGCCCCCCGCUCGCUGCCCCUCGCUUGCUGCCCCUCGCUUGCUGCCCAUCGCUUGCUGCCCAUCGCUUGCUGCCCAUCGCUUGCUGCCCAUCGCUUGCUGCCCAUCGCUUGCUGCCCCUCGCUUGCUGCCCCUCGCUCGCUGCCCCUCGCUCGCUGCCCCUGCCUGUGCUUGCACCUGCCUGUGCUUGCACCUGCCUGUGCUUGCACCUGCCUGUGCUUGCACCUGCCUGUGCUUGCACCUGCCUGUGCUUGCACCUGCCUGUGCUUGCACCUGCCUGUGCUUGCACCUGCCUGUGCUUGCACCUGCCUGUGCUUGCACCUGCCUGUGCUUGCACCUGCCUGUGCUUGCACCUGCCUGUGCUUGCACCUGGCCACUAGCCAGCUCUCACCAUGGCUCACUUGCGUCUCUCCUCUCAUGCACCGUCUCCCGACUCCUUUCUCCCCCUUCUCUUCUCCUCCCCUUCCGGCAGCGCUACGUGUGGGUGGAUCUGACGGCGGGGCCGGUGAGCUAUGGGCCGGCGUGGGGGGGGCAGGGGGGCGUCACGCCCGCCGCGUACCUGCGGGCAGAGCAAUACAGCAAGGAGCUGCUGCACGGGGUGAGCACACAUGGGAGAUGGGCGAGCACGCGUGCAUGUGUGAGAUUGCUCGUGCUGCUCUCACGUCUGCCUGCCAUCGCUGCAUGCACCUCCUCCUCCCUCUGCACGCAUCUGCUGCUCUCCCCCUCGCCCGCUCCCGAAUUAACCCGAUCGCCUCCCACCAUGGCAGUGUGGGUCUUCCCAGUCAUGCCCGCAAGCAGCCAUUGGGAGGGCGGCAGCACUGCCACCCACUGCUUCACUCUCGUCCACUACCCCCUCCCUGCCCCUCCCUUCCCCUCCCCUGCCCUCCCCUCCCUUCCCCUCCCCUCCCCUCCCUUCCCCUCCCUGCCCCUCCCUUCCCCUCCCAUCCCCUCCUCUCCCUUCCCCUCCCCUCCCCUCCCCUCCCCUCCCUUCCCCUCCCCUCCCCUCCCUUCCCCUCCCUGCCCCUCCCUUCCCUGUCCCCCCACCCUCCUCUCCCUUCCCAUCCCUGCCCCUCUCCCACACGCCCUUCCCCUCCCCGCCCUCCUCUGCCCCCCCCACAGGCGUUCCUGGCGCACGUGGCAGUGCUGGUGGACAGUGCGGUGCGGCAUGUGUUUGUGCCGCCGCUGCUGCAUGCGCCCGUGGUGUACGCGGUGACCACCGACAUCUGGGUCAUCGCCAUGCACAGUGGCGCUACCGGAGAUGGCGGGCGUGCAGGCGAUGAGGGCAUGGGGCUGGACCUCAGCGCCAUCAAGGACCAGCUGCUAGCGCGCUCACCACCGGUGGUGCUGGGGGGGCAGCAGGUGCGCUUCAAGCAGGUCCACCUCUCCCUCGCCACCUGCUCCUUCUGCUCCACCGCUCUGCACCGCGCCAUGCGGUCCGGCCUGUAUGAGGCCUCCGCUGGUGCUGCUUCCAGCUCAGCAGCAGGCGUGCCAGGUGGCAUGGAGGUGCGGCGCCACCUGGACUCGGAGGAUCUGCACCGCCACCUGUCGGAGUUCUGGCCCGAGAUCACUGAGCUAGCGGGGCUGCCACUGCCGGACUAUGCGGAGCGCAACGACCCCAAGCCGCACGCGGGGCGCUUCUUCCCCGUCUUCCUCUUCGACCUGCACGCCCCGUACCCGCUGCUGCUCGAUGGCCGCCACCGGGUAAUGCCCAUGGCACAUGGAGGGCGGAGAGUGGGGGUGCAAAGGGGUACAAGGCGGGUGAAGGCAUGCGGCAAUCCCCUUGUGCAAUGUGCAGCUUUGUUUAUUAAAGUGCUGCAUUCUCUCCUCUCUCUGCCCCCAUGUUCUCUCGCCAUGCUGCCACCGUGCUUGUCUCUCCUCCCUCCCCCCCACCUCACCCCCCAUCAGGCGCUGGCAUAUGACGACAUGGUGCUGGCUGUGCGCUCCACGGCCCCGCCGCUGCCCUCGCACUACAUGUGCGAGGGCGAGGGGGUGGACAUGGAUCCCAGCAACGUCACGCGCCCCGUGCUCUCCGCCAUCCUGCACACCGCCUGGGGCCUUGCCCCCACCCACGAGGCAUGGAGCGCCAUCCACAAUGCAUCGCAGCACGACUACCGGUGGAGCAGCGGCAUGACGCCCAUGGGCCCCUUCUCACGCCACCUCACUCUCACCACCACCAUGCGCGACACGGCGCUGCGCAACGUGGUGCUCUCCACGCUCAACUCCACCAUCUCCAGCAUGCUCCACCUCCUCUCCGCGCUCCAGAGGUACGGGUCGGAGGAGGCGGCGCUGAAGCCGGGCGCGGUGAGGCAGCGCUUUGAGCAGCGCUGGGGGGUGCUGCGCCACAAGCUGCAGCGCGCCGCGGCGGCCCUGUCCGCAGUGGACAUGCACUUGGCGGGGUACUAUGCGCGGUCGGCGCGGCAUGACAUGGACGCGCUGUUUGAGCUGGCGGGGCAGUCCGCACAGGACAUGCACACCUCCUUCUCCUGCUUCCAGGAGGCGCCAGUGGCGUGGUCGGUGUGGGGCGGGGGGGCGGUGCUGGCAUAUCUGGCAUUCCUUGUCGGCCGCAACCGCUGGCGAGUCUGGCACGUCAAACACAAACGCUUCUAG